ACCUCUGUUAAUUCCACGUCCCCUCUGCCCUGUGCUCUGGCCAUAUCCAUGGCAGCUGCUGGCUGAGGGCUUGUCUUGUGGGAAGCCAUGGAUGUAAGUUGUCUCCCAGCAGAAAGUGCAGCUGGGAUGUUGUGGGGCCCUGGUUUGGGGUCAGGGCAGUGCGGGGCACCUGUGACGCUGACCCUGUGCAGGGUCACGGCCUCCCGCUGCUUUGCCUGCUCCUAAUCCCCGUGUAAUCGUUUCCCGUGGGCUCUUCCAGGCCCAUCUCUCAUAUUUGUGGUGUUUGUGGUGCUUAACAGAUCCCUUCUGGGCUCCCUCUUUUCUGACCAACCUGCUGAAAAGUCUGUUUUACCACUCUGGUGGGGUUUAUUGUUUUAGGGCAGCCUGGCUCCAGGGCGAUUUCUAUCUAGGUACAAGCCAGCGGAUCAUUUAAACUCUUAGCAGCACUGGCAGCUUCAGUUUGGGAACUUAAAAGGGACUUGGCAUUUUUAGAAAUCAUGAAUUUAAAGAUCCUACAUUUAAAGUGAAAGAAAAUUGUGCUUUUUGGAAGGAUUUGAGGUUUGGGAAUUAAACACGUCUUUCAUAAGCUUUCAUUCCCUCCUGCCCCUCCCCAGCUUGAGGAGCAGGGAGUGAAUCUGGGAAACGCAGCUGAAACGCACCCAGCUCUUUUCCUGUCCAAGCCCUUGAUUAAAGCCGUGUGAGCAAAUGUUUUGGAGGUUGUGCUGAGUGUAAAGAUCCAACAAAACAAAUCCAAACUCAGGACCUGAGCCCAAGUUCCAAAUUCUCUCUUAAGUGGAGGGCAGCUGACUGGAAUAUUGAAGUUUGCAAUUCGAGUAGUUGCACUUUUGUUUUCAUUUGGGGCAAGGUUUCUAGGGUUGGAGCCAGGAUUGUUUGCUGAGUAAACAUUGCUUUUAGGGGCUGGCUUAGCUUUAGUGUUUUGAGGCAUUUUUAAAGCUCAAGGUGAAGUGUGUGGUCCAUGGGAUUUUAGCAGAGAUGUGUAGCUGCUCUCUCUGGGCUGGACGGACCCAGCAGGAAGCAGCUGGUGCAGCCAGACAUCUGCUGGCAUCCGAAACGCAGUGCUGCUGAGUGGGAUGUGUAACACCCAAGCUGCAGCCGGCUGUCCCUGCAUAGUUCUGUUCCCUGCCUUCUCCAAACCCUGUCUGCCUGGGUGUUGCACAAGGGGCUGCGCUGGCAACCUCAUGAGCAGCUCUGGCAUUGAAUUCCUGAGCUUUUCAUACCUCUGUGUUGCUGAUUUCACAGAGCGGGGAAAGGAGCUGCAGCUCCAGGCCUUUCCAUUCUCUCGUUUGCUCACUCAGGGACUCAUGCAAUUUUGGCAUAUGGAAGUUCUCCCUCAUUCCUCGCUCCGUGGUGCGUGCAAACAGCGCUGGCCCGAGCAGCAUUCUACAGCCAGAGCUGGCUGGAGGCUGCAGGGAGCCCCUCACUCCUCCUUCGCACCAGUGCAGGAAAUCUUUUUCCAUUCUGAUGGGGAAGCAAAUGUUGGAGCACGCGAUGCUCAUGUGCAGCCACGCCGGGGGCCUUUGCAUGCGGUCCAGGGCUCAGAGCAGCGCUGCCAUUCAAGAAGGAGGCUUUUGUAACACUGUUGUUCCCAGCCAGCGGUCUAGUGAGGGCAAGGUGGGGUGUGAAGGAGGUGGCUUUUCUGCUGGGAUGCUCUCCUUUUUCCAUUUCCUGCUGCAGUGUUCUACAAAGGACGGGAAAGGGAUUGCUGAGUCCCUCCCAACAGCCUCCCUCUGCUCUCCUGCACUGCCUGUGGUUGCGGGAUGUCCAGAAGAAUGCUUGGCAACAGCAGCUUUGGUGGGAGAAGGUGUGGGUUUUCUGUCUGGGGCUUAGGUGGGCAGGAUAGAGCCCUGCAGCCCUGCUGUGGCUCACAUUGGCCCAAGCCAAGCACUGUGUCAGUGCGAAACCUGCUGUAAAGUGAGCUGGCAGGGGCUGGGUUUGAUACCUCGGGUAUUAAUUUGUGGAUUUGAUCAGUAAAACAACCAUCCUUGGUGCAUUAGGGGAGAAGGAGUUGCAUCAAGAAGAUCAACUGGGGAGACCGGGGCCUAGUGUUGGUGAUCCAGAGUGGUUUGUCGCCAGCGCCGGUUGAGCUGUGAGCGGUUGGUUCAGAGCAGCUCAUAAACUGAUUUACAGUGAGUUCCUGGGGAAGUUGCUGCUUUCUGCUCAUAAAUGCAGACGCGUGGGUGUGUCUGUUCUCUGCUCGCUCUUUUUCUAUUUCUUUUUUAAGCCAGCGAGCCACACAAGCGUGAUGGAUAGGCCGCUCCACGGCGCGUGGGAUCUUCCCCCAUCCGGCUGCGAUGUCAUUCUCCACACAGAUGGCAUCUUCCAGUGGAAGCCACCCACAGCUCCUCUGCCUCUUGGGAGACCUGGACUUUUCCAUUUGAAGGGAAGGAAGCACGUAGCUCCCUGCUGACUGCUUGAAGUUAAGGGAGCAGUCAGUGUGAGGUCUUAGGAGGGAGAAGGUGGCUUUAUUGUAAAACAAAAUGGAUUGGGCUCAUUCACAGUCAGACCCACCAGUCAGACGCAGACAUUACAAGGAAUGCCAAGUAUCGGAGCUCUGGUGUCUCUUGGUCAGCUUGGUGACCGUAUGAUGGCUUUAGGACUGCUUUUCUAUGUCCAUUGGGGGCUAAGAGUGAAGAUCAUCCUUUAUUUCCUCUUUGAGUCUAGGAUUUGCCCACUGCCAUUUGUGACUUUUUCUGGAUGUCUUAAGGCUCCUACCCUGUUCUCUGUUUUUCCCCAAAUCCUCUCUUAAUGGCUUGAGGCUCUGGUUUGAGUCUUUGUUGAUGCAGAUUGUCCCUUGUUUCAAGAUGUUCCUCGUUUUCCAACCUGAGAAGCUGCAGCCAGGUGUGCUGAGAUCUCAAGGAUGCGCUAAAUCGCUGCUCUCAGCACAGGCGGUUUAUUCCUCCCUGCGUUCCUCCUGGUGCUUCCGUACUCAUUCCCAUCCGUUCUUUGUGCAGGUCCUGCUCAGCUCAUCUAUGACUGCAAUUUGCAGUGUGCGUAAAGGAUUCUCUUCUGGCUUUUUGUGUGUAGGAGUCCAGGGACUGAUCUUGUAUCAAAACUGAGUGGUCAGGAGCCUGAACGGAACUGACAUCGUAGCCCUGGAGCUCCGAUCAGUGAGAAGUGUGUGGGAGCUGCUCGUGUAACCAAGUCAUUGGGGUGCUCGGAAAGCUCCUGCGCAUGAGUCGGCAGCUCGUGUCAGGGUGCUCAGUGUGGUGCUGCCAGGACCACUGCUCAACACCAGCGGGGAGGGAUGCAGAGUGGCCGCUUGUCUUGGCACGCUGCUGGCUGGUGCCCCAGAAGAUGACAACGUAAGGCCAGCCAGCAGAGCUGCCACUUCCAGUCACAGCGUGCCCAGACCUCAGGGAGGAAGAUGGCAGCAGCUCAGGGAGCAGGAAGCAGUUCAGCCGGGCCAUCCGGACUCCCCAGUUCUGCCCCAGGGCACAGCAGCAACUCCACUGUGGUGGCGGUGUGGGAAUGGCAGGAUGAGUUUGGCAGGUGGAGGCCAUACCGAGGGAACGUCUGCAGCUACAUCGAACAGGUUUUUCAGGCCUCCCAGCAGAAGAGCCGGCGUUCGGGGUCAGGACUUGUCAGCAGCAUCCCUUUGGGACACGCGGAUCCUGCCUUGGCACCCUACGUCAUUGACAUCCCAAGCCUGACGCAGUUCCGGCAGGAUACAGGGACAAUGCGAGCUGUCUGCAGACACCUCUUCCCCGGGGACUCAGCUGCCGGGCAAGGCAUCCUCUGGGAGUGGCAGAAUGACGAAGGCGGGUGGUCCCCCUACGAGAUGAGCGUUUGCGUGUUCCUGGAGCAAGCCCGUGCCACGAACCACCAGCGAGUGGAUCUCGGACCCUUGGGCUACAACUACGAAGUUGACUUUGUGGCUCAAGUCCAGACCAAUAAGACGACGAGGUUCCGCCGCAGCGUUCAGCGACGCUUGGAUGCCCCGUACCCGGUGACGGCCUCCCUGGCGCCCCUUCACACGGGGGCAGCCUGUUCCUGCCAGCAGUGCUGGCUGAACGGUGGGACCGGUCCCAUCACCACACGCUACCGGCACUCCAUGAUAAACUUCCCCAACUCUUCUGCUACUCCUCAGGUUUCCGGUAGGACAGCGUCAGUGAGUUCUUCCGGCAUCGGCUUCGUGCCCUAUAACAAACCGACUUUGUCUGCAGCAAGGUCAACACCAAGACUCAAUGCACAGAGCACUUGGGCUUUGCCUCAGGCUGGGGGCCCCAGUACAGGACUGUCUGCAUCUAACGGAGUCAGUGCCCCAAACCUGCCGGUCAAGAUGUCCAAGCCCAGCAAGGUGACCCAGGCACUGGCAGGCAUGACGGCUAUUCUGAUGUCAGCCUCUGGACUCCCCGUGCACCUCACCUGUGUGCCGCCAGCCGCCAGCACCCAUAGAGCCACUAAAAAACACAGCUCAGUUAAGGAGGGGAGGAAAGUGUCCAAGAAAGCAAUGCCAACCGAGCCAGAAGCAGUGGUGAGGAAGUACCUGGAAGAGCUGAAGAGUGCUCCUGCUGAUGAGGACUGCAUCAUCUGCAUGGAAAAGCUGUGCUCCCCCUCAGGUUACAGCGAUGCCUGUGAGUCCAGCACCAUCAAGCCAGAGACGGUCGGUCGUCUGAAAAACUGCCAGCACACCUUCCACAUGCUCUGCAUGCUGGCCAUGUAUGCCAACGGGAACAAGGACGGGAGUUUGCAGUGCCCCUCUUGUAAAACCAUCUACGGAGAGAAAACCGGCACUCAGCCCAAGGGGAAGAUGGAGGUCUCCACCUUCCCCCAGUCCCUCCCAGGCCACAAAGACUGCGGGACAAUCCAGAUUGUGUAUCACAUCAGCAGAGGCAUCCAGGGCCCGGAGCACCCCAACCCUGGGAUGCCGUACACAGCCAGAGGCUUUCCUCGUUAUUGCUAUCUACCAGACAACGAGAAGGGCAGGAAGGUCCUGGAACUCUUGAGAGUGGCCUGGAAGAGACGCCUGAUUUUCACAGUAGGCACCUCCAACACCACAGGCGAGAGCAACACGGUAGUAUGGAACGAGAUCCACCACAAGACGGAGAUGGACACAAACCUGAGCGGUCAUGGCUACCCAGACCCCAACUACCUGGACAAUGUGCUGGCGGAGCUUGCCGCCCAGGGCGUCACCGAGGACUGCCUGCGACAAUGAACGAGGUGGGGCCUGGCCGUGUCCUGCACCGCAGGGGCCACCCACCACACUUAUUCCUGUUGCCUUAAGUUCAUGUGUCUGAGCGCCUGUCACACUGAGCAAUAACACUGCACCGCGGGAGCCCGGCCUGCGCUCUACGGCCUGUUUUUUGGGAGGGAAGAGGGGUUUUGUAGGAACUGCACUCGUGUCUCUGGGUGGGGUUGAUGGCCACAGCCAUGGCCGGCUGGGACAGUGUCGUGAGGUGCCACAUCUCCCGGUGAAGGCAGGCCCUUGCACUGGUAAUGUGUGGGGACAGGACAGGGAGAGGGAAGGGGGUGCCUUGCCUCCUUGACCACUUGGAAAGAAAACGAGGGCCUCUCUCGGGCACACGGCAGCUCCCUGGCCUGGAAGCACCUUUUCCGUUGGAGCCUCCUGCCCUGUUUCUCUGGUUGGUUGUAAUAAACACUUCAUUUCCGUGGCAAUCGCUGCUUUGCCGUCAGGCUGCCUGGUGGCUUGGAGGAGGGAUGUGACUCUGCAGAGCAGGAUGUGGGGUGCUGAGCUCCACAGGAUGGCUGGGGCUGCCA